AUGGGCAGACUCUGCGGGCUGUACGAAGAGGUGAUUGGGAGGCGUCCAGCGAACAACGCACAGCUGCCUCCUCCCCAGAGGCCACCCAUACCCAUCAUCGCAGAGCUGCCCGGCGUUUCCAAAGGGCGCUCCCCGACUUGUGCCCUUCAACAGACGGCUGCCUCCCUCCUGCAUGAGGACCACGGAGGAAACCUGCAGAUCUACGUUGACGGCUCGGUGAUGCCGGACACAGGCUCGUCGACUGCGGCCUGCGUGGAGCUGCCAGUGGCCCCAGUGACCAUCUACUGCGACUCCAAGGCGGCACUUCUCAGCCUGCAGAGGCCAGAAAGGGCCAGCCUCGGGGUUGCCCUGCUCUCGACAAGGCUGAUGGCGCUCCAGGAGGCGGGCUGCUCAGUGUCCCUGCACUGGCUUCCAGCCCACGUAGGGAUACCGGGCAACGAGGAAGCAGAUGCACUGGCAAAGCGUGCCCACCACUGA